AUGUCUGAUGCAACGUCACGCGGAGGCCAUGCCGCCACAACAGCCGCGAAAUCUACAAAGGUGCAGCGGGUAGACGACAAGACCUAUGUCGUCGACUUGGCUCCGGCUUUCAACAUUGGCACAGUGCCGAAUGGUGGCUACGUCGCGGGACACUUUCUUGCUGUGGCACUCACUCAUGUCGCCAAAUACGGGCACCAUAAUGUCAUCUCGGCGCAUUGGGACUUUCUAAGCCGCUCCGAGGCCGGCCGCGGGACCAUGGUUGUCGACGAGAUCAAGAUUGCGCGCAACAUGUCCGUCCUGUACAUUUCGCUGUACCAAGACGGCCAGCUGACGGAAGCCCCCUGGGUCUCACGCGAUGCCCGACGCAUCAUCGCCGCCUCCGUCACCUGCAGGGACAUGGCGACCGAGACGGGCCAGUCGCUCGACGGCGGACUGAAGACUGAGUUGCCCCCUCGGCCAGUUGAUCUGAAGCUUCUGCCCACGGGGCAGGACCCCAACUGGGAGCUUUACGCAGCUCGAAACUUUCGCAAAAACCGCCACUGGAACAUGUACGAGCAGAAGGACGCAUUGACGACGACCACGCCUGCUGGUAUUCGCGACAUGUGGAUAGAGCACCAGUCUGGAGACCCGAUAAAGAACCUCGACUUGGCGUAUUUGGCUGACGUCACGCCGGCGAUUGGCACCCACGGGCUGCAGCACUCGCCGGCCAACGCGGCACAGAUGGUACAAGGCUCGGUGUCUUGGUAUCCGACGCUCAAUAUCCACAUGGACUUCAAGAAGAGCCUGCCUGCCGAUGGCGUCAGGUGGCUCCGCUUGCGCACGUCGAUUAGAGGAUCCAAGAAUGGUCGCUACGGCUGCGAUGUCGACAUCUUUGACGUUGACGGCGACAUUGUCGCUCAAGCUCGACACGUGGCCAUGAUUGUGGACAUGUCGCGCAACACGGCAAGCCGAAAGUCGUCCAAGGGACCGAAUCUGUGA